GAUGCUCUGUAUGCAUUGCAGCAGCCUCAUCCUUCUUAUCAUGCCCACUGUUGCCUUGAAAAAAGGAUUAAUCGCCAUCCGUGGUCCCAGCUUCCUGAUUGACAGCUAAAUCCCUAUACCUCCUGCUUAACAUGAGUCCAGCCCGCCUCGCAUGACACUGCCACUACCUCUCUCGCCUCGCUGCAGCAGCAGCAACAGAAACAGACUCCAAAUCUGUGGAGGGCUCAGCUCCAUGCACAACCCUAUCUACAAGGAAUCCAAUUAAAACGCAGGAGAGACACUGAGUCCUACACAGCGUUACUCUCUACUCUUUUCUUCUCAUAAAGAUUUUCCUGCAUUUUUCCCGUUGCUAGCAGUGAUUCUGUUUUCUUACUCCAUAAGUGGCUGGAGCAAAGACGUAAUGAAAAAAUAAAAAAAAGAAGAAGAAGAAAACACAAGAGGAGAAAAACUGGUUAAAUAGAGGAAGAGCAAUAAUUCUGGUGAAGGGGGAGAGAGGAGACUCGUAUCCCCCUUCCACUGUAACAUGGUGGAUGUAUGGACAGUUUGGCAGAGCAAAGGUUGACACCUCCAAACCAUCCAGCCCCCCACCUCAAUAACUAUAAUGUAUUGCAUUGCACUAUGACCUUGGAUGUCCAAACGGUGGUGGUUUUUGCAGUGAUUGUGGUCUUGCUGCUAGUAAACGUGAUCCUCAUGUUUUUUCUGGGCACUCGUUAA